CCUCCUCUGUUUUUCCUGCCUCUCCUCUGAUUGCCCUGCCAUGGCCGUCGACCACCUUCUGCGAGCCAUUGCCGCCGACCCCAAGAAGCUCCAUCUUCUCCAGAUCGCGCCGGGCCUCAGAGGAAAAGCCAUCACUACCAUUUCUGAAGAUGGGAUGAUCCAAUUUCUCCAAUCCAUUGCUCUCAACAACCAACAUUCCGACGACCCAUUCUACGUCUUCGAUUUGGCCGUUCUCGUCGGCCUAAUGGACCGCUGGACCCGCUCGCUUCCCGCCGUCCGCCCUUUCUACGCCGUCAAGUGCAACCCUGACCCGGCUCUCCUCGGCGCCAUGGCGGCCCUCGGUUCCAAUUUCGACUGCGCCAGCCGCRCCGAAAUCGAAGCCGUCCUCGCCUUCGGAGUCUCACCGGACCGGAUCGUUUUCGCCAAUCCUUGUAAAGCAGAGUCCCAUAUCAAAUUCGCCGCCUCCGUCGGCGUCAAUUUGACCACUUUCGAUUCUAUCGAAGAAGUCGAGAAAAUCCGGCGGUGCCACCCGAAAUCGGCGCUGUUGAUUCGGAUCAAAUCGCCGGACGACGGCGGCGCCCGGUGCCCGUUGGGCCCAAAAUACGGUGCGCUUCCUGAAGAAAUCACGCCCCUCCUCCAAGCCGCGAAAGAUGCUGAUCUUGCCGUCGCCGGCGUUUCGUUCCACAUUGGAAGUGGGGCCACUGAAGCAGGGGCUUAUCGGGCCGCUAUCGCCGCCGCAAGAGGGGUUUUUGAUACAGCGGUCCAACUUGGCCUGCCGCCGAUGAAUGUGCUCAACAUCGGCGGCGGAUUCACGGCGGGACCGCAAUUCGAGGAAGCGGCCGCGACCGUGAAAUCGGCGAUGGGGAAGUAUUUUCCGGCGGAAGUGAAAUUCACGGCCAUGGCUGAACCGGGGCGGUUUUUUGCAGAAUCGGCGUUCACUCUGGCCGCCAAUAUAAUCGGAAAACGGGUGAGGGGAGAGGUGAGGGAAUAUUGGAUUAACGACGGGAUCUACGGGUCUAUGAACUGCUUACUGUACGACCACGCGACGGUGACGUGUACGCCGAUGGCCUGCAAAUCCAGCCGGAAAAACCCCACGUGCGGCGGAGCGAGGAAGUACGGCGCCACCGUGUUCGGGCCCACGUGCGACGCGCUGGACACUGUUUUGACGGGGCAUCAGCUGCCGGAGUUGGAGGUCGGCGAUUGGCUGGUUUUUCCGAAUAUGGGUGCGUACACGGCGGCGGCGGGGUCCAGUUUCAAUGGGUUCAGCACGGCGGCGAUCAAGACAUACCUUGUCCACUCGCAACCCUGAAACGACAGCAUAUUGAAUUGAGUCUUUAUUCCUUGUAGCUAGGUCAAAUGAAGGUCCACCACAAAGCUGUGGCCGUCAAACUCAAUAUUAAAUUGUUGUUCAUUUUCUCGCAGAAGAAAAUUUGUUUGACAAAAGAAAUUUAUGGCUUAAAACUUUAAAUAAAGAUAGUAAGUUAACUCAAUUAAUUGCGAGUUUUAAUCGCUG